AUGUUUGCUGAAGCAAGGCUGAUUCCAUUUUCGAAUUCAGUAAUUCAAGUAAAUUAUGGAAUUUGUUAUCAAAUUGUGGAUGUUUCAUGGUGUUAUGUUAGUUAUACUUUUGGUGUUCAUCUAUUUUUACAUUCACAAUUUUCGCUUCUUUAUUCAUUUUAUUUUCGAUAUAAAGUACUCUGUGAUUGGGAAGCAAAUACGAGAAAUGUUGUUUUGAGUCUUCUAAUAAUUUAUAUUCCCUCACUUGUUCAAUUUUUCUUACUUGCAAAUGGCGAAGAUAGUGAUCAAUUAGUUUUAUGGGAAGUUAUUACAAAAUGGUUUCCUGAAGUGAAAAUGGAACAAGUGACUGGUCAUCUUGAUGUUCGAACUGGUCCGAUUGCUUAUGGAACUAUGAUUUUCAUGAUUUCACCAUUAUUCAUUUAUCCAACUAUUCUGUAUCUUCGUAGUAAAAUAAUAAAAAUCCUUGAUGAGAACUUGGAACAUCUUCGAAAAGAGACAAGAAUUUUACAUCAACGUCUUCUAAAAAUUCUAACUUUUCAAGCAUGUUUGCCAAUUAUUUUUAUAUCUGGGAUCAUUUUAUUCACCCUUGAAAAACUUGGAAUAAUGUUCAGCCCGAUCUCAGAAUGUGCUUCAACUUUAUCCUUGGAAAUUAUUCCAGCAUUGUCUCCAUUGAUAUAUUUUUAUUAUAUGACACCUUAUCGUCAUGCGAUUCUCGGUUUCAUUGGGGUUCGAAAAAACUCAAGAACUAUAUUUCAACAAACUCCAAGUUGUUAG